AUGCUGCACACCUUCAACGUGCUGCUGCUCGCGGAGCGCGCAGGCGUGCGGCGCGUGGUGCUCGCGUCGUCGAACCACGUCAUGGGCGGGUACAAGGAGAAGCGCUCUCACGGCCUCGUCCGCCCAGCCGACCCGCCCGCCUGCGGCACGCCGCUGCGCGACCCGGUCCUCGCGGCGUCGGGGGACGCGGUCGCCUGUUUCUUGUUUAGCCGCGGCGAGCAGCUCUGCAAGUCGCUUGCGGCAACGCGGCGCGGCCUGCUGCCCGGCCCGUCCUACUACAUGCUGCGGAUCGGCUGGUGCCAGCCCGGCGAGAAUCUGCCAGCCACGCUGUCCGCCGCCGGAGCAAACCACCGGAGCCGGCUAAGCGACUCCGUUAAGAUCCCAGAAGCAGAAUACGGCGUCGGCGGCGAGGCGGCCGCCGCCGAAGCGGAGGACGUGGACGGCGAUUGGUUCACGGGCAUGUGGCUGUCGAACCGCGAUUUCUUGUCGUAUUUCGAGGCGGCGCUGCGCGCUCCGGCGCCCUCGGCCGGCGAGGCUGCUGUCCUCGUCAACGCGAUGUCCAACAACACCGGCAUGCGCUGGUCGCUCGAAGAGACGGUCGCCGCGCUCGGCGUCGCCGCGCAGGACGACGCGCGCAGGCCGUGA